AUGCUUUCGAUUAAAUUAGGAUUAGGACUAACUCUCCUUCUGAUCUUCAAUUGGACACUACUCCUAUUCUACUUUGCUUAUAUGACAUAAGACCAGGAGUUUAACUUGGCAGAGACAAAGCUACUCAUAAACAACAUCUUUGAACAUCAUAUAUAUGAAUCAGACACAAAAGAUCAGAUUUAAAUAGAUGCUUAAAUAGAAAUGGGUGAAGAAGAGGAAUUCUAAUUUGGAGAAGAGAAUGAAAAAGAAAUUUAAUUUAUUGAUGAUACCAAAGGAGAUCUUGUGGCUGUGGGAGAUGAUGAUGUAGACAAUAUUUAUGAUUACACAAUAUAAGUCUUGAAAGACAUCAAUCCCAUCAAACAAAGCAUUUUGUAUACUAAUGAACCAAUACGUUAAUAAACAUAACUCAAUAUCCUCAAAGAUAAUCAUUAUUGUGAAUUAAAUAACCUAUACGUUAUAACGAAUCCUUAAUUACCAAUUAACAUCAUCACAGAUUAUCCAAAUGAUAAUAUUAUCACCUUUGCCUUAGAUGCUGCAGGCAAAGAUCUACUUCCAGAUGUAAUACUAGAAAGUAAUAAAUUAUAUCAUCUUCCAUUCAAUGCCACCAUCUUCUUUAUGGAGAACCUUAAUUUUCAUAAGUAUUUUGAAAUUGGCUCUUAAUUUCUGUGCAAUUUCCAAGCUUACAAUCACAUCCCUGGAAUAGAAAUAUUAUUUAAAAAAUCAUCUCUUUAUUAAAUUCUAUAGAGUACACAAGUACCUAUUCCAGAAACCUUCAUUAUGAAUAGUACAUCAUCAUAUACUAUUACUUAGACAAUACAUAAUGUUUAGAAUAUUUUAAGCAAUACAAGAACUUAAAUGAGUCUGAAUAUUUGGUUAAGAAUCACAUUAAACGAUAAAUUUAAUAAUAGACCCUUGAACACAGAUACAUAAGAAGGAAAUACCAGGAUGGCAAAAAUUGUGGCAUUGUGAUUGAUGAUCUCAUCAUAUAAAAGAAGGUUGAAAACAGACAAAAGAGAUUCUUUGCAAUGUUGUUGAUUAGCUUUGUAGAUCCAUUCUAGUAUUAGAUAUUCGAUGGCUUCUAUUAUAAGAUAUAAAAAGUAAAUUAGUCUUCAAUUAGGGUGUUCCUGUAGAUCAUCAAAGAUAUAAUGAGACAAUUAGCAAAAUGAUCACAGAUCAAGUUGAACAAUUUAUACACAAAAUCUCAAUCCUCAAAGAUAAUAGAUUCUUCUCACUACUGAGAAUGGAAUUUAUUGAAGCAGAUGAUAUCUAUCUUAUGUCUAUAAGUAUCUUUUCAAUUAAUAUAUAGCUCCAAAUAUUGAUAAAGAUCCAUAAAUCAAAGAUUAUAUGACAAGUCUUGUAGUCUCUACAUUGUAAUUAAUUAAUUUCCAAUAAAUCCAAAGACUAUCCCUGUAUCAGAUUGAAAGUCAUUAUCAUUAUUGAGAAUAUUAGUUAAUAAAUUAUAUAAAUUAAACAACAAAAGGAUAAAUUACCAAUAGGGGAUUUCAAAGGGAAGGAAAAUGUAUUCAAAUAUUUCUAAUUCCUACAGUUUUUGAAUAAGAAGGUCCCGAGAAAUAUAAAAUCUCAUUAUGAUCGAAUGUUUAACCCAAAAGCGGAGGAAUAGAAAAGUUUCUCUAAAAUUACCCUGAAGCUGUUAUUGGAACAAAGGUACCUUCUUUUCAAAAACCAGAAUGUAAACUUUAUUAUGAAAAAUGCAAAGACACAUAACAAAAUUAUCAAGAGAUUAAAUUAUAAAGAAAGUGAACCUUAAAUAAAUAAAUCAGAAAACCCAUUAGUGACACGAAAUCAUAAAUUACUUAAAAAUCAAAAAUGAC